AUGCUGAAAUCAAACUACUACAUUCCGAACAACCAACGAUACAAUACAGCAACAGAAACAAAGUGCGUAUUAAAAACAUUGUCAGAACAGAACGGUGAUCUACAAGCCAGUGGUUGUACUUCAUUUACAGCAACGGCCUUUAUAUUCAUGACUAAUGGACAAAACAGUGUACCGAAUAAUCUAGUGCUGAAGAAGAACGUCGAAAUGAUAAUAUUAGUUCUUAGUGAAAUAACAAAUUGUCUUCCCGUUACAUUCCAUGGUAUUGGACUCGGUGAAGUCAAUGAUCAAUUUUUUAUUCAAAUACAAAUACUCGAACCCAAGAAAUUGUACGAUGACUUCAAUGAUAUGUUUGCGUAUGCAUUGGACGUACGAAAGUUUUCCAUUCAAUUUUCCAAUGGAAAAGCAUACGUCGUACACAAUACUGACAAUGAAAACGUUGCUUUUCUAACCAAUGAUAAUAAUGAUCUCAGUAUUGUUACAGAAUUAACAUCAACCGAUGAUACAUCAAUGUCGAGCAAGAUAUUCGUCCCAUACGUAUAUCUUCUACAUGCAGAACGAAGAACAAGUUAA